AGACGGCCGUUGUUAGCCUGCACGGCCUGCCCUCGCGCCCAACUCACACUGACUCCCCCCAGACCUCCAGCAGCAAUAAUAACAAUGUCGCAUGCGUCGUCGCGAGAUAGGGCAGGCAGCCCCCGCAAGUAUAAGGAAGAGCCGGCUCCUGUGGCGGCCCAGCUGGUGAGUGCCUCCCUGCUCCUCAACCUCCACCACUCGCGCACCCUCCCUCCGACCGUUGGCUUUGCCCAUUGCAUGCAUCAGCCCUCUGCUGCACAUCCGCGCUGCAACGACGCCGCAUCCCGAGCUAUCCCCCAACCCCCAGCUCCAGUGCUGCACUGGCUACAUGCAUCACCCCCACCCCUCAGCGCAGGGCCUCCCACCGCCACAGCAUCUCCAACAUCCGCGCGCGGGCGUCGUCCAGCAGCAUCAUCCUGACUCUCCUCACCAGUCUCAACCCGCGCAGUCGCCGGC